AUGAGACCAGAAUCGAUGACGGACGGCGUGCCGGGCUCAGAUUCACCUGCAGCAGCAGCAGCAGCAGCUUCGGUGACUACGAGCCUGCAUGAUUUGCAGGUUUUGGUGGAGCGUGGUACGCUCAGCGGGCCCGAGAAGCAGCAGGCCGAUCACCUGGUCACGAGUCUAAAGAGAGAGCUGGUGCUUCGCCGAGUUGGUGAUCAUCUGGCAGAGCGCACGUUUCACGAACUAUGUGUGCGACUCGCCGUCAUGGAACGCGACUGGGCGGCAAUGGAGCGUCACAUCCAGCAGCUAAUGCCACUCUACGAGCUGGACAGGCAAGCCGGUAUUCAGUCGCCACAUCGCGACCUCCUAGUUGGACUCAAUCUGAUGCGACUCUUGGCACAAAACAGGUUGGCAGAGUACCAUAUGGAGUUGGAGCUGCUGCCUACCACAGAGCCGCAACAGAACCCAUACGUGCUUUUUCCUUUUCAGGUGGAGCAGGCGCUUACGGAAGGCAGCUAUCAGAAAAUCCUCCACAUUGAGGCAGGUGCGGAGUGGUUGCCUUUUAUCGAGCUUCUGCGGGAGACGACAAUCCAGGAGAUGGUGACGAGUUGGGCGGAGGCCUAUGCGCAUGUCACGCUUGAAGAAUUGGCGAGCAUGGCAGCUUUGCCGGUCGAACAGGUGCCCGCUCUGCUGGCACGUGUGCUUGAUUGUACGCAGUACGUCGUUCAAAACGAGACUGUGCAUUUCAUCGCUUCAGAUCACAUUAGGGAAGCACCAUCACAAUAUCUGCUGGCGAAAGAAGCCGUCAGUCGCACCAUGGAGUAUAUACGCGGUCUGGAGCGUAUUGUUUAA